GACUGGAAACAUCUCUCUUGAGUUGAACACCUCACACAAUGCAGCAGACUGAAGGAGAGGCUCAACGACAGCACACGUCACACAAUAGGGGCUCACUCUGCUAUAAAAUGGGAGAAGCGGGCGCUAGCCUUUCCCCUCUCUCCAUCCCUCCCUCUCUCCUCAUCCCUCUCUCCAUCCCUCCCUCUCACACACAGAGAGUAUGAGAAGGCUGGACUGACUGGACGGACUAUACACAGGACUGGGUUACUGCAGCAGGAGUACACACUUCUGAUACCUCUGUCUGCACGCUAAAGCACUUAACAGGAGAGCAGCACCAUGACCAGAAAGGUGUUCACCAACACACGGGAGCGCUGGCGGCAGCACAACGUCAACACUGCCUUCGCUGAGCUCCGCAAGCUCAUCCCCACCCACCCACCAGAGAAGAAGCUGAGCAAGAACGAGAUCCUGCGGCUGGCCAUGCGCUACAUCAACUUCCUGGUGCAGCUGCUGGAGAGCCAGAGUGGCCAGCCUGCCUCGCACUCCCCCACAGCCCUGCUCACCUUCCUCAGGGGCAACGUGGAGCGUCUCCACUCCUCCUCCCAGACCUGGGGCCUGGCCAGCGACACUGACGCCCUCUCCCCUGGAUCAAGCUGUGACAGCACCGAGGCCUGGUAGUGUGCUUGCUGCAGUUUCCUCUGAUGGGUGAUCAUCUACAACUCCCUGGAUUGAACUGUCUGUCACAAGGCCCCCAUUCAUAGACUCCAUUUUGGUUCUGUAACACUUGAGUACAGUGUUGGUUGUGAUGGCAAGCAGAAGAUAUUUGUGGAUGAUGUCCUGCCUGCUGAAUUAAAUAGAUUGAGAUGGGAGCCUUGUGAAAUAUAAUCUGUAAUCUGCAUGGAUGUAGCUUGGAUGUAUUCCCUCCAUGUCAGACAUGUAUUUUCAUCUGGUCGGUGGGGAAAGAUGUCCACAUCAAAAAAGUUUUGUUUUGAAAUAAGAAAUAAGGAUGCAUUAAGGCCAUAAAGGAUCAUUUAAGGGCAUUUAUUUGGGAAAGACAUUUCAGGAAAGAUAGUCUUGUCCAAUUCAUCAAGGACUGCAAUCUAAUUACAAAAUGCAAAGGGGACUUUCUUUUCUUCAAAUGAUGAUUUUAUGAUGAGACUGAUUAUGACCUUGCUUAUUUGCAAAUCAAUAUUUAUCAAAAUCCUGCAAUAUGACCACAUUCAUUGAUUGACACAUUGCUGUUAUACGCAUUAAUUGACUAUUUAUUAGGACGACAGGAUUGAGCUGCAUGAUACUGACAAUCCUCUUUGAAAUAUGUUCCAAUCGUAGGACUGUAUUGUGUGAACAGAUAACAGGAAUAGUUUUUGUUGUCUGUCCAUUCAAGUAUUUAUUAAUCUUGCUCUUUUUGUACAAUAAGCAUGUCACCAAAGAUUAUCAUUUUACCAUCUUUUGUCAAGACUAUUGUGAUUAUUUAUUUUUUGUAAAUUAUGUUGGUUAAUAUUAAGUUGUGAAUGUUAUUUAUUAUAACUAUUUAUUUAAUAAUGACUUGUUAAUAAAAAAAUAUAAACUUUG